GUCGAUCUGUGCAAGUCGGGACAAGAAAGUUGCAAACGUAGUGCUAAGUGCAGUGAAUAGUAACGCAGAAGUAUGGGUGAAUGCAGUACUCUUGGUCAAAACCUGCCAUCAGGGUCAGGGCUGUGUGGCAUCAAAAGAAGUCAUUCCAGUGAUGACAGUGAUGAUGCCACCAUCCCAACCAAGGUCUUCAAAAAUGACAUUUGUAGGUUGAUUGAUUUGCCAGAGCGCCAUACGGAUCCUGGAUCAGAGACUGAAUUUUCAUUUCAGGAAGAAGAAACAGAUUUAUGUUGCCGCAGCAGCGAAACGUCUAGCAGUGAGUGGUCAGAGAGAAAUGCAGUAGGUCGUGUCGAAUUUGAAAUACGGUCACCUAAUGAAGGGCCGAAUCCUUUUGGCGAUAGCAGUACUGCGAGUGAUGCCAGUGUGAACGAGCUUCAAGUUGUUGGGCUUCCACCACCCAAGACAUGGGACAACGGAGGAAAUUCUAGCUGUGCUUCAUCAGGCAGCUCUGACGUCUUUGAUCCAGAAAUCCCGAGAAGAGAUUACUGGACGUGUCUGCAGUGCAGCAACGUGAACAACAGACCUGCAUUCCGAUACUGCGAGAAAUGUUACAAGGUGAGGCGGGACAUGUACCAGCCGCGGGUGAAACCGAGGAAGAGAAGAAAGAGGAAGAGCUCAAAGGGAGUGGCCACUGCGAGGAAUUCCAUAGCUAUGAAGGUAGUCAGUGAGAGGACUACAAGCACAAACAAAUUUCAGCCCAACAGUACGAUGUUCAGAGACACUUUUAAAAGCUGUGAUGAUUUGAAAACAUCACCAAUAGCUUUUAGUGGAGUAAAACUGGAAUCGUGUUCCCAGGAGAACAGGGACAGCGGUGUAGCUUGCAGCCAGAGCAGUGGCGUGGCCUGUAGUCAGAGCACAGUUGCCUCUGCCCUGCCGGCAAGUGGCAAAGACAGUGACUCCAGCCUGAGUCCAGACUCUGGUGCCGAUACUCGGGAAUUCCAUGGCAUCAAGCUCUCCAGCACCAGAGAGCACAGUUUGAAAGUCAGCUCACUGGGACCUGACUUGAGACAAAGUGUUGAUGUAGUCGAUUUUUUAGCACAUGUCACACGUCGAGAAGCUUGUGUGAUUGCCUCACAGUCAAAUAAUUUACAUCAAGACAGCAGUCAAAUUGACUCAUCAUCACAGACAUCAUGUCGAGAUGUUCAAAGAGCUGUUCAUGCUGUGCGGACUUUGUAUAGAAGUGUGGAUGAAGUUGAUGCUGUGGAGCCUUACAUGAAUCAAUGUGUUGAUGAAGUUAACACCGUGAAUCCUUCCAUGAGUCAGGGUGUUGAUGAAGUUGACACUGUGCAUCCUUCGACUGUUCAGGGUGUUGAUGAAGUCGACGCUGUGCAUCCUUCCACGAGUCAGGGUGUCGACAAAGUCGACGCUGUGCAUCCUUCCACGAGUCAGGGUGUCGACGAAGUCGACGCUGUGCAUCCUUCCACGAGUCAGGGUGUCGACGAAGUUGACGCUGUGCAUCCUUCCACGAGUCAGGGUGUCGACGAAGUCGACGCUGUGCAUCCGUCCACGAGUCAGGGUGUCGACGAAGUCGACGCUGUGCAUCCUUCCACGAGUCAGGGUGUCGACGAAGUCGACGCUGUGCAUCCUUCCACGAGUCAGGGUGUCGACGAAGUCGACGCUGUGCAUCCUUCCACGAGUCAGGGUGUCGAUGAAGUCGACGCUGAGCAUUCUUCCACGAGUCAGGGUGUCGAUGAAGUCGACGCUGUGCAUCCUUCCACGAGUCAGGGUGUCGAUGAAGUCGACGCUGUGCAUCCUUCCACGAGUCAGGGUGUUGAUGAAAUUGACGCUGUGCAUCCUUCCGCGAGUCAGGGUGUUGAUGAAAUUGACUCUGUGCGGCCUUCCGCGAGUCAGGGUGUUGAUGAAAUUGACUCUGUGCGGCCUUCCGCGAGUCAGGGUGUUGAUGAAAUUGACUCUGUGCGGCCUUCCGCGAGUCAGGGUGUUGAUGAAAUUGACUCUGUGCGACCUUCCAUGAGUCAAAGUGUUAAUGAAGUUGACUCUGCGUGCCCUUGCACAAGUUGGGGUGUUGAUAAAGUUGAUGCUGUUUGGCCUUCUGUGAGUCAGGGUGUUGAUGAAGUGGACACUGGGCAGCAACACACAAGUCGGAUUGUUGAUGAGGUUGACUAUGUGCAGCAUUCCAGUAAGGGAAGUGUCUGUGAAUUGCGCUCUGUGAAAACUCAGACUGAUCUCUGCUUCAUUUCAAAGAGUGACAUUCCAAAAGAAAAGCCCAUUGUUGAUGUCGAUAAAUGUAUGACGUGUUAUUCAAGAUCACUGGAUGGAAUUUUUGUGCAUUCGAAAUAUGCACAUAUGUGCUGUUGCUAUAAAUGCACAGUGAGAGUGUGGAAAACUACAAAACGUUGUCCUCUAUGUAAUUGUAAAGUGAUGAACGUGCUACGCUUGUUCAAAGGAUGUUGAAAAUGUGAGGUGAGGCGCGACAUGUACUUGCUAUGGGUGAAACCGAGAAAGAGGAAGGGCUCAAAGGGAGUGGCCAUUGCAAGGAAUUUCACAGCUGAGAAGGCAAACAGUAAGAGGCCUACAGGUGCAAACAAAUACUAGCCCAACAGUACAUCAUUUGGAGGCACUGUUACAAGCUGUGACAGUUUGAAAACAUCACCGAUAGCUUUUAGUGGAACAAAACUGUAAUCGUGUUCCCAGGAGAACAGGGACAGCGGCGUGGCCUGCAGCUGCAGCACAGUCACCUGUGGCCUGCUGGCGAGUGGCAAACAAGGCGACUCCAGCCCGAGUCUGGACUCUGGUGACGAUACUCGGGAUUUCCGUGGCAUCGAGCUCUCCGGCACUGGAGUGAGCAGUUUGAAGUCAGCUCACUGGCACUCGACUCAGUACUGAGAGAUAGCAAUCACAUUGCCUCUGCACCAUAAAUGUUGUCAAGGUGUUGAAAAAGCUAAGUAUGUGCAACCUUCCACAGGUCAGUGUGUUGAUUAAGUUGACACUAAGCAACCAGAUAUCUGUUAUUGAAGUCAGCUUAAUGCAACACAUUUUGGUGCCAUCUAUUGUAGCUGGAGUUUCAACUUCAGAAUCACAAUCAGUGAAGACAGGCUGAUCUGUGCUUCAUUUCAGAGUGACGAUCCAAAAGAAAAGCCGAUUGUCAAUGUCGGAAAUGUAUGACGUGGUAUUUGAUCCCACUGGGUGGAAUUUUUGUGCACUCAAUAACUGCACAUAUGUAUUGUUGAAUGAAUUUCUUUUAUUUUGGCCAAAGGUCACAAAACUUUUGGUCCUUAGAUGAAUGGCAGAAAUGAAAGAAAUUCAUUCUACACUUCCUGUACCACUGCAUCAAUCUGCGGCCAGGUCACAAUUUGUUGUGUGUGGUGGUGUUAUAAAUGCUCAAUAAAAGAAUGGAAAAGAACAAAAUGUUGCCCUCUCUGUAAAUGUUUGUUCAAAGGAUGUUGAAAAGGUGAGAAAAGGAUCAUGUUCUUGUGGGAAUUAAAAUCCAAGCAAGUUGUAAUAUUGUCGCAGAAUGUUAGACUUGUCUGGACAAAUGAAACAGUGUGUUAAGAGUAUAGCAUUUUGGGUACUACAACUCUCAAAGAAUUCUUUGGUAUUUUUCUGUUAUUGUACACUGAAUAUCAGUUAACAUUCCUCUGUGCAGUAAGUAUUCAAAUAAUUUGAUGUUUAUUUCUUCCUCUUGUUGUAAUAGACCAAUUCACUGCUCGAUGUACAAUAAUUUGCCCUUGGAAUUAACAUCUGUCAUUAUAGUGGAUGUU